AUGACUGACUUGAGCGUCGGAGGGCCAACGCCAGGAUCCCUUCCCUGGCUCUGCACUGACGUGGUUGUGGUUACAGGAUCGUCUCAUUCAAAGUCUAUGCACGAUCAACAGGAGCUACACAUCCCCAACAUCCAUCGCCUCUACUUUCGGACAGGAUCAUUUGUCAUUCUUAAAUGGUUAACAAGCUCAAAUCAACUGAUUCUUCUUGAACAAUGUAGGUUUCCCAAUAUCUCCGAAGCAAGAACCGGGAUACAAGAGUUGCUGGCUGCUCGUGCUGUUGGAGCAAUUGCUGAGAAUGUUAAACACAUAUCUCUUAAGGAGCUUCUAAAAUCCCUAGAAGCAGAGUUGGCAGAAGUUGGAUUUUCUGAUGCCUCAAGAGAUGUUGGAGUGUCCUUUUCAAACAUAUGCCCCAACACUACCACAGGACUCUCCUUUAAAAGUUUCGACAUUAAUAAGGUGUUGGAAUUUGGAUCUCCACUGUUGGCAUCAGAUGGACAGGUAAUGGUGCUUUAUUUAAGCCGUAACCUGCUUAAACCCAAAUGUUACCUUGCUUCUACCCUUCUUUACUUGUAAUUCAUUUGUUUUUGCCUUUAAUUAAGGUUUCAUUCAUU